CACUAACACUCUAUUCUUCAAGGAGACCCAUUGAGCAUCUCUGCAUCCAUUGCAGGUCUUAUUGCUCUCUGCGGUCAGAUCUACUACAUAAUAUCAGGUUUCAUCUCGAACGUCGAAGAUGCGCCGCGGUCAGCAAGAUCCGCUAUAGCGGCAAUAGAACAGAUGAAAUUUGUCCUCUUAUCUGUUCAGAAACUUAUCAUUAAUCGUUCCUCUGUGUCAUAUGAGCGAAAGGCUUUAAUUCAACUCGACGACCUCAUCAUUACUCUGACGGAAUCAGUCAUAACGCUUUCCGAUCUCAUGUCACAUAUCAGCCCACUUGCCGCAGAUUCAGAGAGAACUUCGAAGGAAUGGAAUCAACUGAGGUCGAGUUGGCAAGAAGGCAAGGUCUCGCAUUAUGUGCGGAGAAUCGAAUUACACAAGAUGUGGAUAACGACGAUGCUGAAUAUUUUGCAGAGUGAAUCAGACGAAAAGGCGCGAUUUUCCCAGGCAAAACUUCAGUCGAUGAUCGAGCACGUUAUGGAACAGAACCAGGAUAUGGUCGCGCGAUUAAAACGCCUCGAAAACACCCUUGACGCUACCAUACCUGCUGCAAGCACUCUGGAGGACUCGCAGUCUACAAUCAGAGCCCCUUCACAUAGGGGUGACAAUGUGCUGUCGGUAGAAUCGGUGGUAUCUAAGGAAGUUAACAUUGACCGGAUCAGAAGAGGGUCAUUCGAAGGCGUUCUCCAAAGUACAAGAGUCUACAGAAGAACGGAGGGAUAUGAUACUGAUGUAUCUUUCACAACUUCAAUCAGAAGACUUCAUGCCUGGAGUAUAUUUUCUGGGCUAAGUCUUGCUGAUAUAUCUGAGCUAUCCGCCAUUGCCCUUCCACUGUUUUACGAAGACUUGACGGACGGGAUCUCUUUUCACGAUUCACAGCCCCGAGCGCACCACCUCCGCGAUCCCGACCUCCAGGCCACACAAGAAGUCUCAACAACGCAUAACUCGGAGGGCAUUGUGCCGCAAGCUUUGUCGAGAAAAGUGUCCUUAGAACGAACGCCUCAGCUGGGGAUGGACUAUCGCCGGAAUGUUCUUACUGGCAACCAACAACAGAAAGCCAGUUUCAAUUCACGUGUAUACGCCAGGUUCGCCGGGGCGAACAACACUCAAAAUGGAAUCCUGCCUAAAGCCCCUAACAUAUUUUGGGAUGAAGAGAAAAUCGAGGCAGCCGUCACUCGCCAGUCUGUCUUGUCAAAUCUAAGACCUGAUGAACAAGCUCUAGUAGACGGGCCCGUCAGACUUGGAGAUGGUCUAACGAAUAAUACUUAUAUGGAAUGGAUUGAUCUAAAAGCCAAGCGAAUAUUUUUGAUUUUGGUCGAUCUGGGCAUCCCGGACCGGAUAUUCGGCGUGAUCGACGAUUCCUGGGACGAUAAUGACUUGCCUAUGCCAUUAGACGAGGUUCAUCGACUUCAACUCAGUUACGAUAAGGAUGAAAAGUUAGAAAGGAAGUUUUUCACAAGACAAUUUUGUUACCUUUUGAGAGCUAUUCAGAAAGGCGAUGGGCUUUAUUACGAUGAGAAUGAAGUAGUACCUCUCGAACUGGCGGAAAGAAAGGCUAUAGGCCAAGUAGCAGGACUUGCUCAAAACGAUGUGGACCAGGUUCAUCUCCCUGGUAAAACGGACAAUAUAUUCAUGCGUCGGAGGAUACCGUUAGGCAUAGGCCCUGGUCGUAUGCCACAGGAAGAAUUUCUAUCCAGAGUAGAGACCAUGAGGGCUGUCAACCAUAACCAUCUGGCGUCGCUAUGGGCUUCUUACAUACAUCAAGAUUGCGGCUACCUGCUUCUCACGCCCGUAACCGACAGUAACCUCAAAGCUUUUCUGACAGUUACACCUCAGUCAGUCAAACUACUAGCCAAAAUGGAACGGCGCUUCCUCCUCUUGAAUUGGCUUCACUGUCUGGCCGAUGCCCUAUCCCUUCUUCACGAUAAAGGUCUAUCCCACAGAAACAUCAAACCCUCCAAUAUGACGCUUGGUCAAGACAACCACAUCUUCCUUGGGGACGCGGAAACAUUCUCCACCAACGCCUUCCCAGGGGAGAAACGCGGCUUCGACAGAGAAGCCUACAACUAUGCUGCUCCUGAACAGGCUCCUCGACAUCCCACGUCACCACCAAUUUCUCUCCCCGUCUCUCGCCCCACCACCGCAAGAAGGAGUUCCAUAAACAGCUUCCCUUUCCCACCCACGAUGCCAAUCUCCAAACGCAACAUCUUAUCCAAUUAUAACUCCCAAAAAUCUGAUAUAUUCUCCCUCGGCACUGUCUUCCUCGAGAUUCUCACCUUCUUCAUGAAGCGUUCGUCUAGAAACUUUGCGUCUUAUCGUUCAGCCAAGAACAAAACUGCUGGUCAAGGGGGAGGCCUCCCUGAUGCUUCUUUCCAUAUGAAUUUGGGUCAGGUAAACGGCUGGAUAGAUAUCCUACGCAACGAUGCUUCGAAAAAGGAAGACAGGGUCUUCCGCGGUGUGUCCCCAAUCUUAGAUCUGGUCGAGCAAAUGGUGGUAGUGGAUCUUGACGAGAGACCCAAUGCGAAGUUUGUGCAAGAACGCUUGGGCGCUAUCCUAACGGGAAUGUGUGGUCUAGUAAACCAAGGGGCUACUCCAGCUGGAGAGUCCAUUCUACCGAAGGUUAUGCUUCAUUGCGAAAUUCGUCGAACGGAUGAAAGUGAGACGGAUUCCAAAUUUGAAGAACAGGGCAGAAGCAGGAGCCAUGAGGUGGGUCGGAAGCCGAAAGUCAAGCCAUGGCAAGCACCUGUAUAUGCUGAACUUAGCUGGUCCUAAAACGCUAAAACGAUAUUACUAGUAUAAUAGCGAGGUCUAUACUACUAGAA